CUGCGGAGUCAUAAUCACGAGGUUUGCAUUUCAUUAGCAUGGCUAAUUGCUCCCGCCCCAACUACAUGGCCAGCUCCACCCAAAACCUCCUCAAAUGCGGGCUCCCAAGUUCCAUAAAUUGACCUGAUCUGUUAGUAAAACGCACACAGACAAGGCCGACAUGGCUCUGUUUGCACUGCUAGCACUGCUUCUCCUGGUCACCUGCGUCUUGGCAGGAGGCUCUAGAGAGGAUGGCAAGAUCGUCAACGGCACCACGGCAGCCCCAGGAGAGUUCCCCUUCGUGGUGUCGCUGCGCCGCGCGAAGAGUGGCCACCACUUCUGCGGCGCCACGCUGCUCAACUCAGACUGGGUCUUGACCGCCGCUCAUUGCGUGCACAGGUCCACGCCCGAUCAGAUUGACAUUCAGUACGGAAACCAGAGCCUGGCGCGCAAUGCCAGUCAGCUAGCCCGCGUUGCCGCUAUUUUUGCUCAUCCAGGCUACGAGCCGCAGGACAAGUACAUCAACGACAUCGCCUUGCUACAGUUAGCGCAGUCCGUCCCCCUGAGCAAGAACGUCCAACCAACACGGCUGCCGGAACCUGGGCAAGCUACACCCGGAAACACCAGUGCAAUCCUCGCGGGCUGGGGAUUAAAUGCUACCGGUGGCGUGGUCCAGCGGCAUCUGCAGAAGGUGAUACUGCAUGUGUUCAGUGAUGAGGAGUGCAGCGAGCGUCAUCAGACCCAGCUACAUAACAGCCAGAUCUGCGCCGGAUGGCCCGAGGGAGGAAAGGGACAAUGUAGCGGCGAUUCCGGCGGCCCCCUACUGCUCAAUGGCUCCGACACACAGGUGGGGAUUGUUUCCUGGAGCAUCAAGCCCUGUGCCCGACCACCCUUUCCAGGUGUCUUUACCGAGGUGUCAGCUUACGUGGAUUGGAUUGUAGAGACGGUGGGCAGCUCUUCGGCGCCGACUUCUCUUUGGGUGGGCCAGCUAAUCGUUGGUCGCUCACCACCUGGUCUGAGCAGCUAGGCAACUGUGCAAACCCCAUUAAAAUACCGAUUGAUGA